CACCCACCCUGUAUUCAAGAGCAUGUUGUCUCAAGAUACUCCCACCACUCCCAUGGUAGGGAGGAACUAGGGGGAGAGGAUUCCCACUUUCAUGUGGACUUUAAUUCCACCUCUGCCAUCUGGGCCUUCAUUCUAGUAUUUUCUUUAUCUCUGCACUCAGUGUUCGAGGGCCUGGCUGUGGGGUUACAGGAGGACAGUCAAGAGGUGCUGGAGAUCUGUAUUGCUCUACUCCUCCACAAGAGCAUCAUCUCUUUCAGUCUAGCCCUAAAGCUGGCCCAGGGCAAGCUGCGGCGGGCAGCUGUGGUAGGUUGCCUCCUGCUCUUUGCUCUCAUGUCCCCGUUGGGCAUUGCCGUCACCAAGACCAAGUCGUCCCCCCAGCACCAGCUGGCCAGGUCCACCUUAGAAGGCCUGGCGUCUGGCACCUUUAUGUAUAUCACCUUCAUGGAGAUCCUGCUCCAUGAGCUAAGCUCCCUGCAGAAACCCAAGGUGGCCAUGAUUCUCACUGGUUUCGCAGUGGUCACUGGAGUGCUGUUCAUCAAAAUGUAAAUAUUCGGUAGAUCAAUCCUUAGGGUCUGAUUCUUUGAAAAACUGACAACCCUUCUGGGAUAUAAUACAAAAACAAAUUCCCUUUUGCGCCGUGAGAAUGCAAUUUGGACUGAUAAGCAUUAAACAAUGUUUACAGCAUGAGACCAAAAGAUACUCAACUGUCUCAUUAAUUCAAACAUAUUUCCUUAAGGUGCAGGGAGAAUGCUGGUUACACUGGAAACUUUUGAUUCAGUAGAGGUCAUUUAGUUUUAUUAUGUAGAUGAAUGUUAUUCAUUCAGAUUUUUUUUGAAAGGGAUAUAUGCUAAUCCUGCCAUGCUUUUAAAUUAUCAUCAUAUAACAUUUUCUAUUUUAGAUAUUUGAACAUUUUAAUGUAUCUAUAUUUUUUACAUAAACAAUGACAUACAUCACAAACAGCUUUCUGUAUACCGUGAUGAUGUGGUCAGAAUUACAGAAUUAAAAAAGGAAAUAUUAGCACUUUGAGUAAUGUAUAACUCCUGGAUUGAUAUUAUAGCAAUCCUAAUGUUGUUCUGGCUGUGAAAUCUGACUAGCAGUGUCCUGAAUUGUACACAGAAUAUUUGUUUGUUCAGUAGUAUGACUGCCUAGCCCCUGCAUAAACAUAAUAAGAGCAUAUACAGCUGGCUAUUACUUUAAAUCCUUAAAAAGCUAAAUGGAGUGUUUGCUCUUUGUCAGAGCAUUACAUUGAGAUUAACAUAUAGGCCCUUAUUUCACUGCCAUGUGGUGAGAAAGCUUUGAGAUAUAGUCCUCUAUUAUCUUGUAAAACUCGAGUUUGAAUAAUUGAAAUGGCUGCUCUUGUUUUUAUGUUCACUUUUAAACCAGGACUUGUUUAUCUGUACCUGGUUGACUGAUUAAAAGUAAUCUGAAAUAAUUUUCAA